CUCAGAUGUCUAUCUCCACAACCGCCAGCUGAGGGUUGAAAAGGCCAAGGGACGACGGACCUGCGUGCUUGGUCUCCGUUCAGGCGCCCCCAUCACCGAGGAGCUGCUCUUCGAAGCCAUCAACAAACGAGGCCCAAUCGAGGCAUAUGCAUUCCAGCAUGAAAUGGCCUUCACGGCCUGGGGCGAAUGCUAUUCGACAAUAACGUGCAUCGUCACGUUUGCCUAUGUGCAGGACUGCCUCGAGGCUAUCCAGCAUUUCGAAAACUGUGUCAAAUUCUAUAUGCACCUGGAGCCGGUGACCGGAAGCCCCCUGCUCUCCCAGACGUCGAGUCCCAACAGCGGCUCCAGCAAGAUGGACUCGGGCGUAGUCGCUGUCAAGGUCAACUGGCGCUCGUCGCAGUCUCAAUCUCCGAACGGGACAACACCCUCUAAAUCGACUCCAUCGACUCGUUCCACUCUCUCCACGACGGCCUCAUCGGACACGUGGGACUGCGAGGUGUGGAGAUAUCCGAAAGCUCCCCUUACACCCGAUCAACAGAGAAAAACUAGACCCAGGAGUCCGAGUCAGCCACCGAAAGUCGUUGAAGAAGGCAUUGAUGAGAACGAUAACAAGAUUCCCAUUCGGAGAAUGAGACCCGUUUGCGCCAGACUCAAGAGAUCUUACAGCAUCUGA